AUGGCGCAGGGUGAUGAAAUACUUGCUGAACAUCUUUCAGGGAAUCGCAAAACUCUCUACACAUCCCCUGACAUUCAAAAUGAAAUUAUAAAUUUGCUAGCAAACCAAAUCCGAACUGCCAUUGUUGCUGAUUGCAACAAGAGUAAAUGUUUUGCGCUCAUAGCUGAUGAAACCACAGAUACUGCGACUCGAGAACAGCUUUCUGUUUGCCUACGUUACUUGGUUCGGGAUCAAGUGAGCAAUGAAAUAUCUAUUAAAGAGGAUUUUCUUGACUUUGUUACGGCACGUAGCACAGAAGGUGAACAUCUAGCCGAACUUUUGAUUCAAACUCUUCAAGGGGCUGGUAUUGAUAUUGCAAAAAUGAGAGCUCAAGGGUAUGAUGGAGCAGCCAAUAUGUCUGGAAAGUACAGUGGGGUACAGGCAAGAACACGGCAGGUUGUACCAGGUGCGCUAUAUGUACAUUGCAAAUCCCACUGUCUGAACUUAGCCGUUAUGCACAGUUGCAGUAACAAGUCGAUUCGCAGCGUAAUGACCACCGUUCAAGAAAUUGCAUUUUCUUUUGAUUAUUCAUCAAAGAAGCUACAGGCUUUCUUUGAUGAAUUGGAAGCAGACGAGGCAACGAAAGAAAAAAUGGAAAAGAGAACUAAGCUUCGGACUUUAUGUGAGACAAGAUGGACAAGUCGUGCGGAUGCUUUGUUCACUUUCAAGACAUCUUUUCCGGUAGUUGUACAUGCGCUUGAGAGUUUGCACGACCAAGGUGAUGAUAAAGGAGGACAGCAGGUUAACGCAGUUACGAGAUUUGAUUUUAUCAUUGGUCUAGUUGUUGCCGAGCACGUCCUACAAAGCACUGUUCACCUUUCUCUUUUCUUACAGGGAGUCGAAUGCUAUCUACUUGAGGCAGUCAAGGAGUGUAGAGUUGUUGUUGAGAUGCUGAGGCAGGAAAGGGAAGAUGAUUCAGUUUGGGACGAGUUGUAUCAGGUGGCAUUAGAUUUAGCUGCACCGCUACAAGUGGAUGGAAGUAUGCCAAGACGGUGUGGAAGACAGACAGGGAGAGUCAAUCACCAAGCUGAUACUCCCCGACAGUAUUGGCGCAUUUCAUUGUAUUAUCCAUUUGUGGAUCACGUUAUUAUGGAACUCGAUUCGCGACUACUUAAAUCCGAGGAUCGUUUCAUGGCGCAACACCUUCUUCCCAUAUAUUUAGAAAAUAUUACCAAUGAACAUAUUGCAGCCAUAUACAAUGCCUUUCAGGACGAUAUCAUAUUGUCUUUGGAAGAGUUUAGGAGAGAAGUUGCCCGUUGGCGCACAAAAUGGGGAUUGACGGCGCAAGAUGAGAAACCGCGCACACUUUGCAGUACAUUAGAUUCUAUUAAUUCAGCGCUAUAUCCAACAAUAGAGUCCAUUUUAUUCAUAUUGCUAACCAUGCCGGUAGCAAGCGCAACUGCAGAGAGGUCCUUCAGCGUUUUGCGGCGACUGAAAACGUACGUCCGUUCCACUAUGAUAUGUGACAGAUUGUCAUCGCUUGGACUUCUCCAUAUUCACAGAGAUUUUAAAAUUGAUAUAGAAAAAGCAAUGGAACAAUUUGUUAAUGCUAAAUUCAGAAAAAUGGAUUUUGGAGAAUUUUAG